UGUGAUGCAUGUAUGCCCUUCCGCUGUCAGAAGCCAAUGCUUCAAGGUUGAUAUCAUUUCUGGCAUCGUUUCAAUGAAGCAGGUUGUUGCAGGAGAAUUAACGCAAUAUUCAUUGGGUUUUUACAUUGUGCUUUUGAAAAACAAAGAAGGAAAACCGGAUUUUUAAGGAAGUAUAAAACCAAGUUAUUUGGAUUUACCUUGUGUAAUUGGGAUUAGACAUCAUAGUAGAAAUGAUGACCGACUCAAGAAAAACAACAUUUAUUCUGAUAAUGAUAUUCGGCAAUAUUUAUUGUCGGGAUAUAUAUUUUACCGAAUCGAAGCAAGGGACGUCUGUGGCAAAGUUGAGCACGGCGGUCAAUCAGUUUGGGGUUGAUCUUUACAAGAGGUUAGCCAGCAGAGGGAACGAGCAAGUCUUCUUUUCCCCUUUCAGUCUAUCGACAGCGUUAACUAUGGCGUACCUGGGAGCAAAAGGUGAAACAGCUGCAGAAAUGAGAGGAACUCUUGGCUUCCUGAAAGCAGGCUUAGAAGUAGAAGAAGUCUCACGAAGUUUUUACGAAGCAUUUGAAUUACUUGGAAACGGUCAAAGAGAUUAUCAACUUGAUUUGGCAGAUAUGGCUCUGAUUCAGAACAAUUACCGAGUGUUGGAUGAUUACAAAAGGACACUAGAAGGCAACCUCCAUGCGGAUAUCAAGUUAGUCGACUUUGUGUAUGAUGGGUUGGGUGUCAAAGAUUCUGUCAACAGUUGGGUUUCUAGCAAAACACACAACAAAAUCACCUCACUUCUCAGCAAGCCACUGGACAGUCUUACUCGUCUCUUCCUCCUCAAUGCUGUGUAUUUCAAAGGUAUGUGGAUAACUCAGUUUGACCGUAAAAAAACUGUUCACUUACCAUUCUUUAACCAGAAAAGAUUAUCAAAGUCAGUUCCCAUGAUGAAAGUUACCAGUAAGUUCCCUUACAGUUAUGACAACAACUUAAAAUACAAGGUCUUAGAACUUCCUUAUAAAGGAGACAGAAUCAGCAUGGUUAUUAUUCUACCUGAGAAAGAAUAUGGGCUUAAGAAUGUCGAAAGUUCGCUCACAUCUGAUUCGUUGAAUCGCCUGGUGAACAGUUUACAAGUCAGGAAGGUAGAUGUUACCCUCCCUAAAUUUAAACUGGAAGAUUCGCCAAUGGUUAAGCAAUAUCUCCAGGAUAUGGGAAUUAAAAAGGCUUUCUCUACGGCUGCCGAUUUUUCUGGUAUAAGUGGACGUCAGGAUUUAUAUGUAGAAGAUGUCUUGCACAAAGCUGUGAUCGAGGUCAACGAGGAAGGAAGCGAGGCUGCAGCAGUAACAGGAGUUGUUAUCUCAUUAAAAUCAGCAUCUGCGCAUGAAGAACAUAUUGAGAUUUUCAAUGCCGACCAUCCCUUUUUGUUCUUUAUCAGGGACAAGGUCAGCGGAAUUAUCUUAUUCAUGGGCUCUGUGAACGACUUGUAGCUCUAAUAAUGAUUUUUGUUUCACUUCCUGCCAUUAUUGUUUUUAGUAAUUACAUGAAUCUAUGUGUACUAAGUGCAUGCACGGUUAAAAAUCUUAAAGCAAAUAUGAAAAAGUAAAUAUGUAUUUUUUAACAGUAAAUAAAGAAUAAUUAAGUGCAA